GCCGGUUGGGCUGGUGAGUUCCCAUUAACAAGCAAAAUUUCCCCACCCCCAUCCAACACCUUCGGACAAAAAGCAAGCCAGGCUGAAGGGGCGGCUCAGUCGCUGCCCCAGCCACCAAAAGAAGAAGAAUCAUCUUGAGCGGUGUUUUUUUUUUGUUGACAAAAAGAAGGAGAAAAUGGAGGGUGAGCAACGGUCGAAGAGAAUGUCGUCGUCGUCAUCGUCGCCGUCGUUGUGCGGGUCGGACGACGAAGAGCUGCAGCAAAUGCUGCUGACGCCGCCGCCAUGGAAGAGCAGCAAGCGAUUGUCGAAGCAGCUUUCGAUGUGCGAGACGUCGCGCGACAUUGCGUGGGAGAGGCGGCGCCGUCAGAUUCUUCGACAGGAGCGCAAGAAGAACGGCAUUAAUAACGAUUCCGAUGACCUCACCGACGAGGACUUGCACGAGCUCAAAGGGUGCAUAGAGCUUGGGUUCGGGUUCAACGAGGAAGACGGUCAGAGACUUUGCAGCACUUUGCCGGCUCUCGACCUUUAUUUUGCGGUGAAUCGGCAACUGUCUACGAGUCCUGUCUCGACGCCGCAGAGCCGUAACUCUACAUCGUCUCUUGAGGGCCGGUCGUCAUCUUUCGAGAGCCCCCGUAGUGAUCCCGAUUCAUGGAAGAUCUGCGGUCCAGGGGAUGAUCCUCAACAAGUAAAAACAAAGUUGAGGCAUUGGGCACAAGCCGUUGCUUGUUCUGUGAUGCAGUCCUUUUGAAGCGUUGGAUGGCUUUGUACAGACACAGAGUUCUAGAAUGAGGCAGAAAGACAACAAAAAUGGGGCAGACAGAAAGAGAGAAAGAUGUCGCUUAAGGUUU